GGAACAGUAAUCCGGAAUAAAAGAGAUUUAAUUGCCUUUGUAUUUGGCACUUGACAAUUUUGAAUGAUUCAAUUCUGCAGUAGAGACUUCAACUUAGAACAAGACGUACCUUAACUAGUUAUAAUAAUGAAAAUUUUCUUAACUUUAAUAGUUUUUCUUGCCGCUUUUUUAAAGCUAAGCCAAUCAACCGACAACGAAACAAUAGUCGAGAAGCUAUUUACCUGCGAUCUGGAUUUGAUUGAAGAACUGAAUGGUGUAAUAAAUGAAGAAGCGAUGGAAGCAUUGAUAAAAUCUUUUCCAGACGAAUGCAAAUCUUUGGAUAGUGCAUUAAAAGAUUUGCUGGUCCAAGAGGCAAAGUCUUUCAAACAGUUUUACGGCAGCUUGCAGGAGCAAGAAACACGUUGUGGACAAAAGGAAACGGAUGACAGCGAUGAGGAACUAAAAGUUGAGAUUUACCGGGAUUGGGAGUUUCGGAUGCAGCUGUACAAUGCAACAGAGUUGAACCUCUGUUCGAACGACACAGACAUUCAGAGUGAUUAUCUGGAUUGCCUUAUCGCAAAACGUGCUGAAAUGAUAACGACUAUCGAUUCGACUAUUUGUUAGGUGUUUUCAUAUGGAUAUUGUAAUUUUAAAUGUACAGACAUUAAAAAAACAUAAUACCAGAUCAUAUUUCAUCAUUCAGUUCGUCCACAAACUCGGCCACAAGAUCAUCAACGCGCGCCUCAAGAUCUUCAGUGUCACUCGGUUUGCUUAAUUUGUUUUCAACGUCACCACAAGAGAGUUCUUUUUCGACUUUACGUUUUUUUGCAGAAUUUGGAGUUAAGCUUUGUGGGAGUGCCUUCUCUUCGAUAGUCGAUUUACGAUUACCUGGUGAAUCAAGCUGCUGUGGGCUCUCUUCCACCAGUUCAACAUCGCUGUUUCGGUCAUAUGGGUCGUUUUUUUUAUUUUCCGAAGUGUUGCAUUCUAUAA